AUUCAGCAGCUUCAAACGGACCUCCAAACCCCCCACCGCCUGAAACACAAAUCACGAGUCUCCCACUCCUUGGCGCCAUCCCAAAGAAGCUGUGGACCAAUCUGCGUGCAGCGGGGGUGGUCCUCCGCCCGAGGGGGAGGGUUUCUUAUGGGCUACACGUACCCGCAAAGGCGAAGGGGACUUUAAAUCACAAUCCUUCAGUGCUCAGCAAGAUCGACUCGGGGCUGAGAUUCUCUUUACGGUGGUCAGCGCAACGUGUUUUUCGGGUCGUAGCCCACGUUUCGUAGAUCAGCAGCAGAUCAGCGUUUUGACUCUGUUUAAAUUCGGAAAGACUCGACUCGAGAUGUCCACGGUUCAGAUUCCCAGCAGCGGCGGCGGUGUCGGGGCGCUGGCCUCCCCCAGGACUUUCCCGCAUGUCCACAGGGACACGACGCCGCGAGCCCGGGUUUGCCGAAGCCUUUUCGGACCGGUGGAUCACGAAGAGCUGAACCGCGAAAUGAAGGCGAAGCUGCGCGAGAUCUCCGAGCGGGACCAGCAGAGGUGGAACUUUAACUUCGGCGCCGGAGUGCCGCUGCUCGGGGAGUACGAGUGGGAGGAAGCGGCCGGGGAGGCGUCCCCAGCUUUCUACCAGGAGUGCGUGCGGACAGCGAGGAGCAGGGCUGCAGGGGCGAGCCACAGACCCGCACAGCAGCCCCAGGAGGAGGAGGACAGUGGGAUCUGCAGCGCCGAGAGCCGCGUUUUCCCCGAGAAUGUGAACGAAAACAAGAGCUCGGGCUCUUUGGGCUUUACGGGAAAACUGAGCUGCAAAAAAACUGCCCGGAGGAAAAGACCCUCCCCGCUCACCAACACCCACAUCACAGAUUUCUACUGUAAGCGCAGGAGCGGAGUUGUUGGUGGUGUAAAGCAGAGCGGUGGUGAUCACAGCAGCGGCAGAAAACCCUUUCCUUCAGCAGAGCAAACUCCACGAAAACAGCUCCGGUGAAGAAGGAUUUUAACCCUCCGUUUGGUCAGAAAAUCUAGAAAGCUCCUCCGGCGUUCAUGACUGGAGACUCCAGAGGACUCGCUCGGAGUGAAGGAAGGAGCUUGGUGUGUUUGCUCUGUGACAAGACAAAUAUAAGUCAACUUCUCAGGACUGCGCUGUAUAGCCCAUCGCUCCAAGCCUGAGAGAAUGCUGAAGAAUGUGCAAAUAAGAAGAAAUGUAGCAAAACUGUUUUGUACUACAGUUGUUUCAAACAAUUAACAACUACUGGUCUGUGUAAUUAACAUCUAACCUCUGCCUACAGUUCAAAAGGGCCUCCAUUACAGGCCACGCUGACUAUUGGACCUUUUGGUUUCUUAGUUUUCACACCCUGAGUAUUCAGAUGGUGUUUUUUUUUUAUUAUCCACUUAAGUGCCGUGCCGUCAUGUUGCCCAAGUGUCUUUUUCCUAAAUUCACAUCAUGCCGCAGCUUAAUUAGAGGCUGGUCUUUUUAUUUUUGACAACAAUUUCUGUAAAACAUGCUUAAGAAUGUUUGUUUUUUCUUUAAAAAGAUUAAGAAACACAGCCAGAAGUUUGUCCUGCUGUAUAGAUUAAUGUUACCUUUUAAUAAUCAACCGCAAAUUUCAAAAACUGGUUUACCAACUCCAUGUAGGGUUUUUUUUAGUUAAUAAUUAUGUAUGUGCAAGUAGGGCUGAACAGGCCUAAAUCGAGAACUUUCCCAAACAAUCUGAAGGUAUAGCUGCUUGACAGAAAGUCAAUUUUGGCAGAGCUGGGGUGGGGGAAAUGGGCUGAUUGUGUAUACAUUUGGUUAAAUGAGUAAAGCUUUAAAGAUACGACAUAUGGGGCCCUGAGGCAGUUUUUGUUGUUUUUUUGUAAAUAUGCAAAAAUAUAUUGUAAAGCACAUUUUAAUUUAAUUUAUUUAUGUUUCAUUGUAGGUGUCUCUUGUUUUUUUACUUUGUGUUUGCAAUCAUACUGUAUGCUGUAGCUUGUCAAUGUAGCAUUAACCCUGAAAAUGGGGCCCAUCAUGCAUCUGAGCCAUUUUGUCACAUUUUGUCAAUGUGUGAGAAAUAAAUUUGUUAAGAUAAUGUACAAAGA